AAGGGCAUAGGUUAGAGCUUGGAGAGAUGGCGGUUACUAGUGACAGAAUGAGACUGGUGUACACGGCACUGGUGAGUCUGCUCGUCGGCGUCGCUCACGCCGUGGACCGCAGCAACUUUAAAACAUGCGAGCAGAGCGCUUUCUGCAAGCGUCAGAGAGAGCUAAUUCCUGGCCAGUCUCCAUACAGGGCUCUUCUGGAGACUCUGGAGCUCAGUGGCACUCGCCUCACUCUGCAGCUUAUCAAUGACAAUAACAAGGUGCGUUUGCUCCUGGAGUUGUACAGACUGCAGGGGAACAUGACACGUGUGAAGAUAAAUGAACUCAAACCGUUAAAACCGAGGUUUGAGGUCCCUGACGUUCUCAUUACGGACCCCCCCACAGAGCCUAUGUCAGUGGUGACACAGGAUGAGAAUGGGGUGGUCUUGUCUCUGGGCGGGGAGAACCAGAGACUCAUUGUGAGUGCUAAGCCUUUUCGGCUGGACAUCAUAGAGGGACCAGAGGUGCUCCUCUCUCUCAACUCCCGUGGUCUCCUCUCCUUUGAGCACCUCCGUCCACGCAAGGACACAAUCUCUCAUAGAAUAAGUGACACAGUCGGUAGCAUGUGGGACUCGAUCAAAAGCGUUUUCUCUAGUAAGAGUGAGACAGAAGCAGACCAUGCUGAAGGGAAGGAAGACGACCCGGAGCAGGAGGGAGAGAAGAACGGGAACGAAGAGGAGGAUAAACCCGGCAUGUGGGAGGAAACGUUUAAAUCUCACACGGACUCCAAACCUAAUGGUCCGACCUCCGUAAGUCUGGACUUUUCAUUUCCGGGGGUGGAGCAUGUAUACGGCAUUCCUGAACACGCAGACUCUCUCCGCCUCAGGAACACAGAUGGAGGGGAUCCGUACCGGCUCUAUAACCUGGACGUGUUUCAGUAUGAGCUGGACAACCCCAUGUCUCUGUACGGAGGUGUCCCCGUCCUGCUGUCUCACAGCCCCCACAGAACCAUGGGGCUGUUCUGGCUCAACGCCGCCGAAACCUGGGUGGACAUCAGCUCCAAUACCGCAGGACAGACGAUGUUUGGAAAGAUGGUAGACUACAUUCAGGGCUCCAGUGACAUUCCUCAGACAGACGUACGCUGGAUCUCAGAGAGUGGAAUCAUCGACGUCUUCAUCAUGCUGGGACCCAAACCCAAAGAUGUCUUCACACAGUAUGCCUCUCUCACAGGCACACAGGCCUUCCCUCCCCUCAGCACUCUGGGAUACCAUCAGUGUCGCUGGAACUACAAAGACCAGGAGGACGUGCAGAGCGUAGACCAGGGCUUCGACGAGCAUGACAUUCCAUACGACUUCAUUUGGCUGGACAUCGAACACACAGACGGCAAACGAUACUUCACCUGGGACCCCAACACUUUCCCCCAACCCAAAGACAUGCUACAGGGACUGGCCAACAAGAAACGCAAGUUGGUGGCGAUUGUGGACCCCCACAUCAAAGUGGACAGUGGCUAUAAGAUCUACAGUGAGCUUCGCUCCAAAGGCUUGUUUGUCAAAACCAAAGACGGAAGCGACUAUGAAGGCUGGUGCUGGCCAGGGAACUCGGGUUAUCCUGACUUUACCAACCCUGAGAUGAGAGCCUGGUGGGCCAGCCAGUUCGCCUACGACCAGUAUGAGGGUUCCAUGGAGAACCUGUUUGUGUGGAACGACAUGAACGAGCCGUCCAUAUUUAAUGGUCCAGAGGUGUCCAUGCACAAAGACGCUCUGCAUGGCAGCGUAGAGCACAGAGACCUCCACAAUCUUUACGGCUUCUACGUGCAAAUGGCGACCGCCCAGGGCCUGAUCCAGCGUUCGGGCGGUGUAGAGAGACCAUUCGUCCUGACCAGAUCGUUUUUUGCCGGAUCUCAGCGUUAUGGUGCGGUAUGGACAGGAGACAAUGCGGCAGAGUGGGGUCACCUGAAAGCCUCCAUUCCCAUGUGCCUGAGUCUGGGCCUGGUGGGCAUCUCCCAGUGUGGAGCUGAUGUCGGGGGAUUCUUUAAGCACCCCAGUGCGGAGCUCCUGGUGCGCUGGUAUCAGGCAGGUGCGUACCAGCCGUUUUUCCGUGGCCACGCCCACAUUGACACGCCCCGUCGCGAGCCCUGGCUCUUCGGCCCAGAGAACACGGCGCUGAUCCGAGAGGCCGUCCAACAGCGCUACACUCUCCUUCCCUACUGGUACCUGCUGUUCUACAAAGCGCACAGAACCGGAAUACCCGUCAUGAGACCACUGUGGGUGGAGUUUCCGGAGGAUGUGGACACAUUUGCUAUCCAGGACGAGUUUCUGCUUGGGAGAGACCUGCUGGUGCACCCAGUCGCUGAGGAAGGAGCUAAAGGAGUCACUGCCUACCUGCCUGGGAAAGGAGAGGUUUGGUAUGACGCCCACACGUUCCAGAAACACGAGGGAGGCCAAAACCUCUACAUUCCCGUCACCAUGUCAUCGAUCCCAGUAUUCCAGCGCGGGGGAUCCAUCAUCUGUAGGAAGAAUCGUGUGCGGAGGUCCUCUUCCUGUAUGGAGAAUGACCCUUACACCCUGUAUGUGGCACUGAGUCCACAGGGAACUGCUGCAGGCGAGCUCUACAUCGAUGACGGCCACACCUUCAACUUUGAGACUCAGAAGCAGUUUAUCCACAGGAGUCUGACCUUCUCCGACAACAAACUCACAUCCAGUAAUCUAGUUUUAGACGCUAAGUUCUCCACGUCGGCCUGGAUCGAGAAGGUGGUCAUCGCUGGAGCCUCUGAGCCCAAAGCUGUGACUCUGAAGAACUCUGACGGUACCGAGUCUUCUCUGGAGUUUGAGUUUGAUGCUGCCAUGGCAACGCUGACCAUUCGUAAACCAGGGGUGAAUGCUGGAGCUGACUGGACCAUACUGCUGAAGUAACACUGGAUCGCACGCACACACACACACGCACGCGCACGCACACACACAGAAACACACACAGACAUAUCAGUUUUACCAAAAAUGCCAAAACCUAAUUUUACAAAUGCACACUGGCACAUUAAAUCUGGCAAAAUUAUGUGAAUCAUAAGUGAAAAUACUAUAAACCCAUUCUCUCUCAAACACACACACACACGCACACACACACACGCGCAUAGCAUUUUACACAACAACAAAGAGCUCUUUCGUAAGAAGACGAGAUUUUCAGACACGUCCAGACGUUUGGAAUGGGUUGAAGAAACCAGACUGAUGGAAGGAUGAAGUGUGGUGAUAAAAAGAGAGAGAACAUUCUUCUCUCUUUCCAUUUCGAGGGGUUGCCACCAUCCAUUCAUUCAUUUUAUUUUUUUUUGUUUUUAAUUUUUGCAAGAUUUACUUCGAGUUUCAGAUGAUUAAAAUAUUCACAUGUCUGACUGGGACAGGCUGUUCGUCAGGACUCAUUUAUAUCAGAGUUGAAUACAUUUGACUGAAAAACCUGAAACCUUUUGCACUGACACUGUAUUCCUGCAUUUUUAAUGGUACAGUCAGUAUGAGAUCAUCCAAAAAAAAAAAUCAGCUAAAUUUAGAUUUGAAACUUAUAUGUCCACCGAGGUUUAAAAAGAAAAAAAAAACAAGGAGGAAGACAAAAAGAAAGCUAACAACCCAACUCAGCACCUUUUAACCGCUGCAUUCAUCCCCAUUCAGUUCAUAUCUAAAGCACCUUUUAACCGCUCCAUUCAUCCCCAUUCAGUUCAUAUCUUAAGCUUACUGUACUCUGAGGAGUUUUAAAGGAAAACACGCAUUGUUGGAAUAAAGAUGAUAUCUUGUUUACGUUUACCAGUAAAACUUGACAAGCACUGAUAAUGGUAAAAGAAAGAUACCACAUCCCAUUUGCUUUAUUAUUAUCUGUUCAUUUUAUUUUUUUUAAAAUGUUCCUGUCAGAUGUGCUCCACAUUGGUCUUGACAGCUGUUGCCUCCCGUGAAGCAAAUUGUCGUAUUUGAUUUGUGUGUAUACUGGUGCUGUAACUGAGUAGCUUUGAAUCGUUCCAGACUCUAAAGCCAUCAGAACAGAUGACAGUCUGUACAAGACCUCUCAAAUGACACAACUGGUUUUAACGAUUGGCACAACCCGGUGACACGGGAAAUGUAUCAAUAGCUUUUUUUUGUUGUUUUUUUUCUGCAGUCAACUGAUUUGUAUUGAAUAUAAGUGAGGGUGAGGAGAGAGUGUCAGACUUGGUUGAAGUAAAAUGUGACCACAUAUGUCGAAAGAUGUUUUAAAGUGUGAAUCUCGUUCAAUCAAACGGAGAUGAAUGAAAUUAAAAAAAGAGCAUACAUUCCAACCGCUA